CAGAUGUUGUCUUUGAGGAGUUAGCGGCCAAUUGGUGAACAUUGGGCGUGAUUUAUCUUUUAUCGGCCGAUUAGCAUCUCAUGGAUCAGUUGGCUAUGAGUCGACCGUUUUGCCUCAUUAUGCUGUUUGCGUGCAAUUAUGGAACACAUGAUUAACAAAUUAAGUGAAUCCGAGUCCCGUUCCUCAUCACCACAAACUACUACUGGCUCUUCAUUUUUUAUCAAAGAUAUACUUUUUAGUAACAAAUGUUCAAAUUCUCAAAAAUCAAAAUAUGUAUCAAACAAUAUUACAAGCGGUCAUUUGGGAGGCAUAUAUAGCGGUACAGCCACUGGUGUGCCUCUUAAUCAACAGUCAUAUGCAGUCAAUCAUCAAAUUCAUUCGCAACAGAUAUUUGGGACAAAUCCCAGUUCAUUAGCUGCGGCCGCAGCGGCUCUUCUGCAUAAUCAUCACUCGACCGCCAAUUCAUAUGUAGCGCUUCAAUCACAUUCACAACACCACGAGUUGCUGCUUCAACACAUGCAAAGAGCAGCCGUGGCCGCAGCCGCUGCCUCUCAUGUGGCCGCAAGUCAUCGCAGACGUAAAGCACGUACUGUCUUCUCAGACCAACAACUUCAUGGAUUAGAGCGAAGAUUUGAAACACAAAGAUAUCUAUCGACACCCGAAAGGCUAGAUUUGGCCACAAAUUUAAAUUUAAGUGAAACACAAGUGAAGACAUGGUUUCAAAACCGGCGAAUGAAACACAAAAAACUUUUAAGAAAGUCAUCGCAACCGCAUAAUAAUACGUCCAGCCCUUUAUAGA